CGAGGGCUGCGCCAACGAGCCAAAAGGUAGUUUGCAAUCAUGCCACCACCCUGACGCACCAACCAUUCGUGACACUCCGCGCCAGUCGACGUCGAAUACCUAAAAACGAACCUAAAAACUAUUGAAAAAGUUGACAAAAAUAAUAAUAAUAAUAAUAAUAAUAACAAUAAAAACCAUCAACAUUUUCAUAAAUUAUGAUUCAAAUUUACAUUAGCAAAAACAUAAAUCUAGUGUUUAAGAAAAUCAUCUGAUGAAUGAUAUUUGUAACACUGCAAACUGCAACGACGAACGACCAGGCAACGAGGUGAACGUCGUAGCUCUCAUACUGCUGAAACCAAUUGAUAGAGAAAUUCUGUGAAAACGACAUUGGGAAGCUGUGAUCUCUCCCGAAUCCCCACCCCGGCUCCUCACCAUGAGGGAAUUUAAAAAUCGUGUGACGUGGGGGUAAAAAUGGCGGAACGACGGUUGGUGAAAGUGAAGGGAAAGAUUUGAGUGAAGAGAUGCAGCAACAGCAGCAGCAGCAGCAGCAGCAGGGCCAGCAGGGCCAGCAGACUGGCCCAGCGUCAAAUGGAGUUGCUGGGGGACAGGUGCCCGCUACUGGAAGCAUCAGUCCCCCGCAGGUCAGUCCAGCGACGGGGACUGCUGCUGGCGCUAAUCGUACACAAGUCAAUGGCGGGAGGUUUGAUUUUGAUGAUGGCGGGACUUACUGCGGGGGGUGGGAGGAUGGCAAAGCCCAUGGCCAUGGCGUCUGCACUGGGCCCAAGGGACAGGGAGCUUACUCCGGCAGUUGGCAUUAUGGCUUUGAAGUCUCAGGUGUCUACACGUGGCCCAGUGGCUCAGCAUACGAGGGACAAUGGCAAAACGGCAAAAGACACGGCCUGGGUAUGGAGAUGCGUGGAAGGUGGUUAUACCGCGGUGAGUGGACACAAGGAUAUAAAGGACGAUAUGGUGUCAGACAAUCGACUACAUCAACCGCGAGAUACGAGGGCACGUGGGGAAGUGGUCUUCAGGACGGAUAUGGCUCUGAAACCUAUGCCGACAGUGGUACUUAUCAAGGUCAGUGGAUGCGAGGUAUGCGACAUGGGUAUGGGGUGCGGACCAGUGCCCCAUUCGGCCUUGCCAGUCAUUACAAACCUCCAAAGCAGCAGAUUCGUGCCUCGUUGACUUCCUUGAGAAGCGCCGAUGGUGCAUCUGUGGCGGCGGCACCCACCCCUGAGCCCACUGAUCGCCGAGAUCGUCGGGUGGAUGAUAGUCGUGGGGGAUUCGUUCUAAAGGCACGGAGUGACGAUCCUCCGGCACGUCGGAAAAGCCUCAAUGAAAAGUCUUUGAAGAAAGGAUUAUUAUCGGGUUUAAAAAUUCGUAAACAACGUAGUACAAGCGAUCUUGAAACAAGAGGCACUGGUGGCAGUAUAAGGAGUAAUGCAAGCUCGGCAUCAUGGAUGUCAACAGAGAGCUCUCAAAGCCAGGCUUCAGCUUCAGUCCACACCGACAGUAAUGCAUCUUUCGUUAUUGAGGACGAGCAGAUGGAUGCCUCCGUAACGGAAACCUAUCUCGGCGAAUGGAAAAACGACAAACGCACAGGUUUCGGUAUAUCCGAGAGAAGUGACGGUCUCCGUUACGAGGGCGAAUGGUUCAAUAAUCGUAAGUACGGCUACGGUGUUACGACAUUUCGUGACGGCAGCAAAGAAGAGGGAAAAUAUAAGAACAACGUCCUUAUAACGUCCCAGAAGAAGAAGCAACUCUUCCUCAUGAGAUCGGCUAAAUUUCGCGAGAGAAUAGAGGCGGCCGUAAACGCAGCUCAGAGAUCAAGUAAGAUGGCCCUUCAGAAAGCUGAUAUUGCAAUAUCAAGAACUGCAACGGCUCGCGGCAAGGCCGAAUUGGCGGACAGUGUUGCUGAACAAGCGAGACUAGACUCGGAAUUAGCCCAGCAGACGGCCAAACAAUUUGCUCCUGAUUUCCGUCAGCCUGGGCUUGAGAGGCUCAAGAAUAGGGAAAUACCCAAGUACGUUCCACCGCCUCAGGACGCAAUGCCCACUAAAGGUAUAUUGUCCUCUAAGGGAAAUAAUCCCUCUUCUAGUGUUGAUCAAACGACGCCUGUUAAAUCGACACCAACUGUCGAUGCUAAUCCAGCACCAACGCCUCAGUCCAUCAGUCAGAGUGUCAAUCAGUCGAUAAGACGUGCCAGUAUGAAACCAGCGCACAAUCAGAUCAACAAUCCUCCUGGAAAUUCUAUAUUGCCCAAUGCUUUUAAUAAUCAACCUCCGCCGAAUCAUCUUAUAAAUAGUUUACCGAAUCAGUAUGACUAUGGUGGUGCUAGUGUUGAGAGUGCUGGACAAUUUGGACAAUUUCGACAAUUUGGACAAUUUGGACAAUCUAGUGGUAGUCAGUUUGGACAAGGGUACGAUAAUGCUAAUAGUCAGGGGGGUGUCCACAAUUUCCCGAAUCAAUAUCCACCGCAUUAUCCUAAUACUCAGAUUCCCAUACAGUCUCCAACGAUGUACGAGACAAUGAUUGAAUCUACGAGUAAUCAAUUCACAUCGAAUUUCUACGGUGUCUCGCCAAUGGCUAAUCAAUAUGGGCCUGCACAAAAUUCCUACAAUCCUCAGAUGUAUGGUCAUCAACCAAUUAAUCAUCAUCAUCAGCAGCAGCAGCAGAUGCAGCAACAAAUGCAACAGCAAAUGCAGUACCAAACUGAUGAGACGAGUAUGGAGGCACAAAGGGCUGCUCCCAUGGCGGCGAGUAUCCGAAGAAAUAGCCGAAUUUUGAAUCAACAAGAUAGACCAGCUACUGGGAUAGGACAAACUCUCAAUGAUAGAUUGGACCACUAUAAGAGACCACCUAGUCGUGACAGUUCCGUCGAUCGAUAUCGGGUUCCAACUCGAUUGAUAGGAUCCAGGCAACCCUCUGUGGAUAAGAGCGUUACAUCACAGGAUGGAGCAGACAGAACGGCCAGAGGAGCAAGUCUAAUGAGAUCAGCAACUCCAUUAAAUGGUUCGGCAUUUGGUAGCGGUGCAGCAACUCCCAUAUACACUCCACCAACAUCAAGUCAAUUUGAGAGUGCAUUCAAGAGUCGUGGACUGGGGCAAGAGGUAAUUCCAAGCGGUUCACAACCAAAACGCACCGAGAGCCUGUACGUAACACCAGCGCGUACAUCAGCAAUAUCCGCCGGCAGCAGCGGUGGCGGCGGCGGCGGCCUCGGUGGUCUCGGCGGGGGAGGAGGAGGAGUCCACGGCGGUGGGGGUGGGAUAAGGGCGAUACCAGUGAGUUCGAUGCCCCUGCAGAGGAAGAAAUCACUGCCGGAUGUUGCCGGACCAAUUCAAUUGACUGCAACUUCUCCGUUAUCCAGGGAAGAAGUCAGUGUUCUUAGCAGUAUGAGGAGAGAAGAAAUACGACGACAAAUCGACGAAAGCGAGAGACUCAGGGCUAAUCCCCUGCUUUAUUUAGUCAGUCCUCAAGUCAAAGACUGGUUUUCCCGACAACAAUUAGUAAUGUUGGUAUUAUUCAUCAACAUAUCGCUGGCUCUCAUGUUUUUCAAACUGUUGACGUAGCAGCCGGCUAGUGAAAAACUUGAAAAGUGCGUUUUAGACGCAACCUGAGAGAAUCAAGCACAACCACUGGAAAGUGGUUAUCUUUCAAUUAAACUUUCUCGGACUCUGACGAAAAAAAAAAUGAUAAGUAAAGAAAAAUUGUUUCAACCUGGAGAUGAAAGGGAUGAGCCUACUUCCUUCUCGAAGGAAGAAAUUCAUCAUCGAAAUAGCGAGAAAAUUUUUCAAUAAAAUGGAAAAUCGCACAAUAAACGAAACACGAAAUGAACGAGUGAAGAGAGAGCGAUGAAUAUGUCUUCAUAAAAAAUUUGUAUUUUUACGGGGACUGAUUGAUUUUUUAAUCAAUGGGGUAAUGAAACGAACUCAACGCCACGGGAAUCCGCAUUUUGAUGGAAAAAAGAGAAAAAAAUGACGAAAGCGUGAGUGAUUGUGGAAGAAACCUCAUUGACUUUGUGACUUUCAGCGUUAAAUUUUGAAGAAUCAAAACAUAAAUCGACAGAAAAAAAAUGUAAUUUAAAUUGUACAGUUUCGAUAGAGAAACAAAAGAUGCGGGAUAUACCCUCACUUUUAUAAAAUUUAUAAAUAUGUACUUGAAAGUUUGAUAGCUAGCAAUCGCAGUCACUUUGAGCAGAAAUGAAGAAUAAUUGAGGGUAAAGUGCUCCACGUUAGACACAUGGAGAACCUUGUUUUUGUAAAUAUAAUGAAAAAAAAAAAACAAUAUUUCCUAAACAAUUGAAUUGUAUACUUGUGUGAAUGAGAAUCAAGAGUUUGAGAGGGAACAGAGCCCUGGGGCUGACAUCACCGAGAAGACAACUUGUCAAUAACGCUAAUAAAAAAAAUGUUGUAUCCAAAUAAGAGGUACCGCGUGCCUUCUAUGCCUUCCAAUUGUCUAAUUAUCUUUCAAACUUGGUUUAUCUUGAUCUGUAAUAAUUAAAUUGAUCGUCUUUACAUCGAAAACAAUGACGAAUCAUUUUUAUUUCAGAAAAAAAAUCUGACGAAGAGGAUUAAUUUUCUCCUUCGAAAUUGUAAGUUGUUGGUUAAAAGUACAAGAAAGACUAAAGAUUAAUUUCUCUUGGAAAAUGUUGCUGAUUUUUCUCGCCGUGUUUUUAAUGAAUAAAUAAUGUUAGAAAAUAUGGAUUUAAAAAAAAUGAAGAAUUAUCCCGAGAAAUGUCACGUGUCAAAUAAUUUUUCUUCUACUUUUGGUUGCGACAAGCGUUUGCAGCUAUUUGUCAACAAAUUAUCCUUUUUUUUUCUUUUUUUUUUUUAAGAAGAAUUGUUAUUUUCAUUAGUUUAUUUGAUGUGAGAGAGCCAAGGGGAACAAACGGGAAAGGUGGCCGUGAAUUAUCUGACAUUUUGUUGAAAUUGAAGAAUAUUUUUGAAGAAGCAUUUCACUGAAGCCAUUUUUUAAAAAGAAAUCCUAGACGCAUUGAUGUACAAUACUCGGUGCAAUUUGUAAAUAUUAGCUUGUAAUUGGGUAUAAUGGAUUAUACAGUGCCAAAUGGGCAAUUGACGAGUUACGUGAGCUCAACUCAUAAAUUCGCCCAUUUAAUGCCUCUUUCCAACGACUUUUCAUGACUAUUCAUCAAGCAAAUCCUCUUCAAAUACUGAAUUUAUUUGAGAAAUUAUUCAACUCCCUGGAUAUAUUUCAUAUGCGGGAUAGUGAUAAAUUCAUGGUGCCAAGUCGAUAAUUAUUUUUUUCUCACUGAUAAUUGAAAAUAAAUAUUUACUGUUAUUGGCUUUGAGUUCCUGGAGGUAAUAAUAUUCACGGGAACACCAUUAAAAGAUCACAUGUAUCAAUUUUAUCAUUAAAAUCAUAUAUAUAUUUGGUAUAUAUAUUGAAAACAAAAUUGUUAUCAGCUUUAAUUUUAAUAGCGCCAAGGAGAAUAGUAUAAUAUCGUUAAUUACUAUUAAUUAUUAACUAUUAUUCUAACGCUAGUGUCAUAUCACGACAACAAAACGCCAUUAUACAAGUAAUACUUAUGAAUACUAUAUUACUAUGAAAGAAAAAAAAUAAUAAAAUAUAUUUACACGAAGCGAAACAAGAAUGUUGAGCAAAAAUUGUAUAAAUGAAAUUUUUGAUUCACUGCGGCCGCAAAGAAGGAGAGAUGAUGAAGGAAGCACGAAUAAUUUGUUAAUUUACAAUGACCAGAAAACUCAAUAAACUUAUUAUAUCAUAUUUCA